UAUUAUGCUGCCGGGGCCGGCGAGCCAAAGAGGAGCCGGCCGCGCGGGCCGGGAGGGGACGGCCGCCGGAGCCGCCGAGGCCAAGUGCUGCUUGGUUGGGCCCGGAAAUGGGACGUCGCGCCUCUGGGAGGAGCACAGAGGAAGUGAGGGCCUCCCCGAGCCGCUGCUGUGACUGCCAGUGAGCGAGCAGCUGGAGGAUGUCCACCACGGCCACGGUCGCCCCCGCGGGGAUCCCGGCGGCCCCGGGCCCCGUGAACCCGCCCCCGCCGGAGGUCUCCAACCCCGCCAAGCCCGGCCGCAAGACCAACCAGCUGCAGUAUAUGCAGAAUGUGGUGGUGAAGACGCUCUGGAAGCAUCAGUUCGCCUGGCCCUUCUACCAGCCCGUGGAUGCAAUCAAGCUGAACCUGCCAGAUUAUCAUAAGAUAAUAAAAAACCCAAUGGAUAUGGGGACGAUUAAGAAGAGACUAGAAAAUAAUUAUUAUUGGAGCGCAAGUGAAUGUAUGCAGGACUUCAAUACCAUGUUUACAAAUUGUUAUAUUUAUAACAAGCCCACAGAUGACAUAGUGCUCAUGGCCCAAGCCCUAGAGAAAAUUUUUCUGCAGAAAGUGGCCCAGAUGCCCCAGGAGGAAGUUGAAUUAUUACCCCCUGCUCCAAAGGGCAAAGGCCGGAAACCGGCUGCGGGAACCCAGAGUGCAGGUACACAGCAAGUGGCAGCCGUGUCCUCUGUCUCCCCAGCGACCCCCUUUCAGAACGUCCCCCCCACUGUCUCCCAGACGCCCGUCAUUGCUGCCACCCCUGUGCCAACCAUCACUGCAAACAUCACGUCAGUCCCCGUCACCCCGGCUGCCGCCCCACCUCCUCCCGCAGCGCCCAUCAUCCCUGUAGUCCCUCCCACGCCGCCCGUCAUCAAGAAGAAGGGCGUGAAGCGGAAAGCAGACACGACCACGCCCACGACAUCAGCCAUCACCGCCAGCCGGAGCGAGUCGCCCCCGCCGCUGUCGGACCCCAAGCAGGCCAAGGUGGUGGCGCGGCGGGAGAGCGGGGGCCGCCCCAUCAAGCCGCCCAAGAAGGACCUGGAGGACGGCGAGGUGCCGCAGCACGCCGGCAAGAAGGGCAGGCUGUCGGAGCACCUGCGGCACUGUGACAGCAUCCUCAAGGAGAUGCUGUCCAAGAAGCACGCGGCCUACGCCUGGCCCUUCUACAAGCCGGUGGACGCCGAGGCCCUGGAGCUGCACGACUACCAUGACAUCAUCAAGCACCCCAUGGACCUCAGCACCGUCAAGAAGAAGAUGGACAGCAGAGAGUACCCGGACGCACAGGGCUUUGCAGCCGACAUCCGGUUAAUGUUCUCCAAUUGUUACAAGUACAACCCCCCCGACCACGAGGUGGUUGCCAUGGCCAGGAAGCUCCAGGACGUGUUUGAAAUGCGGUUUGCCAAGAUGCCAGAUGAGCCCGUGGAGGCGCCCGCGCUGCCGGCCCCCGCGGCCCCCGCAGUGAGCAAGGGCACCGAGAGCAGCCGCAGCAGCGAGGAGAGCUCCUCGGACUCGGGCAGCUCAGACUCGGAGGAGGAGCGGGCCACGAGGCUGGCAGAGCUACAGGAGCAGCUGAAGGCCGUGCACGAGCAGCUGGCCGCCCUGUCUCAGGCCCCAGUGAACAAGCCAAAGAGGAAGAAGGAGAAGAAGGAGAAGGAGAAGAAGAAGAAGGACAAGGAGAAGGACAAGGAGAGACACAGGGCCAAGUCCGAGGACGAGAAGAAGGCCAAGGCGGCCCCGCCCACCAAGCAGGCCCCGCCGAAGAAGGCUCCCGCCAAGAAGGCCAACAGCACGACCACAGCCAGCAGCGACAAGCGGGAGGAAGCAGGCGGCCAAGUCGAAGGAGGAGUUAGCUCAGGAGAAGAAGAAGGAGUUGGAGAAGCGGCUGCAGGACGUCAGUGGGCAGCUCAGCAACAACAAGAAGCCCGCCAAGAAAGAGAAACCGGGCUCCGCGCCCUCGGGAGGGCCGUCCCGGCUGAGCAGCAGCAGCUCCUCCGAGUCCGGGAGCAGCAGUUCCAGCGGAUCCAGCUCCGACAGCAGCGACUCAGAGUGAACUCCGGACUUGACGCAGAACAGAACGAAGCCAGUGGGUGUCGCACACGCCGAGACUCUGCAGUGUUCCCUCGAUGGUUAAUAUACUACUUCUGUCCCCUGGUGUGCAGGUUUUCUUUUUAAUUCAGUGUUAUGGUAUCUUCCAGUUUUUGCUUUAAUAGGUCAAAGAUCUUUUUUUGUGUGCACAUGAGACUUUAUGAGGAGGUGUGAGUCUGCAUAAAGUCUUUUCUUGUUAACUGAGUUCAGUGGCUUGGAGAUGGCAACUUCAGAUGCUAACCUGGAAACCGUAGAAACACGUGUGAGAUGUGAUCUGAAGGUUCUUGCAGAAUCCCUUUUCUUAUGCCCAACCUGGUCUGUAGCUCCAGGAAGAAUUGUUUCAAAGGAAACUUCUCUAAAAUUGUACUGUAUUUGAAAGCUGUCAGCUUUGCAGACAGCUGUUGUCUUUGUCAUUUGGGCCCUGAGCUCUGACUCUCGUGUCCGAGGGGUCACCUCUUUCUGCAGGGGCUGAGGACAGACGUGCCUGUGGCGAGGACCAGGGCUUGGCCAGGCGAGGGGUCCUCGUGGCUCCCAUCAGAGCUCAUGCCGGUGGGGGCGGGCGAGGGUGGGGCGUGGAAGAGAGGACGUUGGGUUUCUCUGAUCUUGGUGAUGCCACGAGCUCCUGGGAGGGGACACAGUGGCUGCAUGUGCAGCGCACAGGUUUCCAUACACUGAAACUUUUACCUCAACUUCAAAAAAAAAAAAAAGAAAAAGAAAACAUAAAAAAAAAAAAAAAAAGGAGACUUUUUUGUAAGGUUCAGCAAUUUUCUAUGAAAGUCCAGCCCAACGUGUGUCCCCAACUUGUUACCCGCUGCCGCUGCUGCACACUCCGGAACCAUUUUCCCAAUUUCAUGUAUAUAUGAAUACUUUAUUUAUUAACAUCAUUGGUCAUUUUUUUUAAAAAAAGAAAAAAACAAAACCGCAAAAGAAAUGCAUUAACAAACAUAGCAGAGAUGCAGGCCUCUGAAGCGGUGUGGAGAGCCUCCGACCCCACUCGCGGGGUGACCUCUGACCUCCAGGUGCUAGCUUCCCGCGCCUCUUGCCGGGGCUCAAUCAUGUCUGUGUGCGCUCGCUCUGCUCCGGGGUUUGUCGGGGGGUUGCUUUUGUUCUUUUCAUGUGUGUAUGAAAUUCGGAGACUCACAGGUGUAGACGACUUCCAGCUGCAGUGCAUUCUGAUUUUUUUAUUUUGUUGGUUUCAUUCUUUUGUAUUCACUUCUGGUCUCUUUAGGACUGUUUUAACAGAAAUCAAUUUAGGGAACCCCAGUUAUAUAAUAUAAACUUUGUAAUCUGAGAGAAACAAAUGUAUAGUAAAUCUAAGUCUUGAUUUUUAACUUUCUAUUGUAAAGAAUAAUAAUAAUAAUAUACAGAGUUUAACAGAA